CUUCACUAUUUUGUGGACAUGGAAGCCUCAUGUAGAAGGAGAAUUGAGUUACACUACCAUCUUUCCCUCUUUGGGAGGAUGAUCAGUUCGAUGAAGUGGUGGUAAUUGUUAUUCUGCAGUGAUGGCUUCAAAUUCUGGAUCUUGUGUAAUGUUGCGGACACCUGCCUUCAAAAUAUUUGAGAAUGAAGGAAUGUGCCAAUUUUCUGCACAAAGUUGACAAAGAAGCCUCAUUCCAGGAUAAUCAUUCGCCUGUUUUGCACAAAGUAAUGCUAUAGGAGAGCUGGUUUACACUGUCUUCAUGACUUUGGGGAGAUGAUCAGUUAGACGAAGUGAUGGCGAUUGUGAUGCUGCUUUUGGCUUUCAAAUUCCGGUAACUUUGUGAUGGUCGCCUUAGUUUUACUUAGACAUAGCGGUGCACAACUUUCACCGAGAAUGAUUUGGUAGUGAUAAUUCUUGAAAUUAGAAUCCUGGUUGAUGUCAAUAUUGUUUGAAGUUAGAGAACCCAAAUCCACCUCUUCAUUCUAUUAUGCUUAUUUUUUGCUCAGUUUGCAUGAUGUGCUACGUUGCACUUUGGGAAUUGGAUCUCGGGAGUUGUCAUAAGGCUGAUGGCCCAUGAUCAUUUACGAAACUACCUAAUUUUUCCUUUCUACAAAUUUUUCUCGUACUUGUGAGUUAACGCAAUCCUGGCAUUGCUACUUCUGUUUCGGACAAUAUACUCCGGCCCCCAAGUACGUACUCCUCACACAAGAUGAAUGAGGCUCUCAAAAGUCUAAACUACUCAUAAACCUAAACUUCUCCUUUACAUAACCAACUAUACUGGACACGUUCUUUUUCCUGCUCGUUUUUUUGGUCACCCAACAAGAAAACCCCAGGUAAUGAAAAGUGUAUGUCUGUAUGAGUCACUUGUAUAUAAACAAAAGAAAUGGAAACACAAUAACCACAUACUGCUAUGCAUUUGCAAAGCAUCAGUAAAAAAAAGUGGUAAUGGCGAAAAUGGAAGAGAUUCUGACAUUCGCAGUCUUCGCUGCGAUCCUGUUACUCAUUCCCAAAAUCCAGUCCCAGUCAGAUGUUCCUCCGCUCUGCAUCACCCAGUUUGCACUGGUGAACCACGCUUGUGCAUUUCUGCCUUACACUCCGCCUGAUGACGACGAUACACCUCCUUCCCCGCCUGAUGACGACGAUUCUACACCUCCUUCCCCACCAGAUGACGACAGUGAUGGUGGUGGUGGUGGUGGUGAUGACCAGGGUCGUUUUGAUAAUGGUAACAACUACAACCAAAGCCUCGUUGACGACGAUAGUGGUGAUGACCACCACAACCACCACCACCAUCACCGCCACCACAGGCACAGGCAUAGGCAGGGACACAGUGCAUCGGAUGUAGAAGAUGAAUGUUGCAGGUGGUUGAAGGAGGUGGACGACGAGUGUGUCUGCGGUUUGCUGCUUCGCUUGCCUCCUUACCUCUCCAAACUGGAGCACGAUUACACUGUCAUAGUUAACGACGACUGCGAGGUCACUUUCGAGUGUCCAGGUAAAUACGGAGAAUAGAGAUCGUAUCCUGGCUUCAACUGGAUGUUCCGGGGGAGAUUUUGUGUGGGGUUCGUUUCCAGGUCCCAAAGGGUAAAUAAAAAUAAGAAUAAAAAUUGAGUGUCUGUUUGGUCGUUUACUUUUUACGUCUUGGUUUGUAAGUGUGAGUUACGGUUAUCUACUUUUGUUUACUGAAAUCUUGAAAAAAA